ACACGAUGGUCAGCAUAUUGACAUCCGUAAAAAAUACGAAUUAUAAAAAGGACCUAGAUUAUAGUACCGAAUUGAAUCGCUGGCUUUUGAAGCAAAUCGGUGUUUGGCCUGCAUCCAUCAAUGCAUCUUGGAUGGAAAUAAUCUUGUAUCGUUUUUUAAACGUAGUAUGUACUUCUCUUAUCGGCUUUCUUAUAUUAUCCGCGUCUCUCUAUAUUAUUAUAGAUGUAAAGGAUAUAGAAAUGAAAUUAAAAACGAUCGGUCCUAUAAGCUUUUGUCUGAUGGUACUUGCAAAGUAUUGGUUAUUUAUAAUACAUGAGAAAGAUAUAAGUCGUUGCGUAAGUCAUAUGGAGACCGAUUGGAAAAAUGUCAAAAGUGAAAAUGAUCGACAGAUUAUGAUGGAUAGUGCACUUUUCGGUCGUCGUAUUGUGAUAGUAUCCGCGACAUUCACAUACGGCGGUGUUUUCUUUUAUCAAGUAGUGUUACCUCUAACAUCAGCCAAAGUAGUGAUAGGCAACUAUACAUUCAAACCACUAGCCUAUCCCAUCUCCAGGAUCAUCGUUGACGCUCGUCAAAGUCCAGCGAAUGAAUUGAUGAUACCAUUAGAAUGUCUUUGUGGUUUCGUCAUGAAUGCUGUCACUGUGGGUGCUUGUAGUUUGGCCGCUGUAUUUGCUUUACACGCCUGUGGACAAUUAAAGGUCAUGAUGUCCUGCUUGAAAAAUCUUGUAGAUGGUCGAGCGGACGAAAAUAAUAGCGUUAAUGAUCGAUUGACCGAUAUCGUUCAACAACACGUACGAAUUCUCAGUUUCGUUGCUUUUACGGAAGAUCUAUUACAGGAAAUUUCUCUUGUCGAAGUAUUAGGAUGUACAUUGAACAUAUGUUUGCUUGGAUAUAAUCUUAUUGCGUUUGCUCUUCGAAUCUCUGAAAUCUCAAAAAUAGUUAUGUUACACUCGUUCUUACAGGAUUGGGAUAAAGGAGAUAUGGUCUCCGAUAUGACUUAUAUCGCGUUGAUUAUCUCUUUUGCAUUCAAUAUAUUUAUAUUUUGUUAUAUAGGUGAACUUCUCGGCGAUGAGUGUAGAAGAGUAGCCGAAGAAACUUAUAUGAUCGAUUGGUAUCGACUUCAAGGAAGAAAAAGUCUCGCCCUUCUUUUAAUAAUUGCCAUGUCGUCGUCCUCGAUAAAAUUAACUGCUGGAAAAUUCGUUGAAUUAUCUAUCAGCAGUUUCGGUGACGUCAUCAAGGCAUCCUUUGCAUACUUGAAUAUGCUGCGAACGGUGACGAUGUAAAAAAUUGAUUAAAAUCUAAGAAACGAUAAACACAUGUAUAGUCGUCAACAUCGUAGAAUAAUAGUAGGAGUCUCAUAGUAACUAAUUGUAAGAAUUUUAUAUUAUAUAUAUAUAAUAUAAAAUGACAAAUGUUUUUAAUGCAUCGUUGAUCCAAGAAGAUGAGACUCUUAAUUAUGAUACAGGUGAAAUUACGAAAUAAAUAAAAUCUUUCGCAUGAAAAAAUAUAAAAAUUUCACUCGUCUUUUUAGGAUCACCUACUAUAAUCAAAAGUAGUGUUUGUUAUAAUAUA